AUGAGAUUCCUUACUUUCAAUGCUCUCGCCCUUGCUAGCUCUGUAGCUGCUUGGAAUGGCCAGAUUAGUUACGGCUCUAUUGACGGAGCAGCCGACGUGGUUUCUUUAACCGAUUAUUCUACAGGAUCCAGUUACACUGGUUAUAUCACUGGCAUUGGAAGCUCAGCACAAGAGGUCUACUUUUAUGAAGACUAUGAUGCUGGGUAUAACUGGUCGGCCGCGGUUUGGCGAACUACUGAUGGAUGUAUCAAUAUAGACUUCCAGGGCGCUUUUGGCGGUGCUGGCCAUGGUUAUUGCUGUGGAAAUCCUUGUGAUCUUAGUGCUUAA